AUGAGUUCUUUCUUUGUUAAAUGUUUGAAAUGUAAUCAAAAACCUGCUACAAUCAAAUGUUUAGAAUGUAAACAUGGAUAAAUUAAUUAUCUUUGUUAUACAUGUGAUACAUAAGUACAUAAUAAAAAAGCUCCUAUUGAUUCUCAACAUAAAACACAGUUUAUGUAAUACUAAGGUAUGUAUUAAAUAUAACACUAAUUAGAAAUGUAUAGUAAGGCUUAGUCUGUUGCAUGUAUUCGAAAUUAAUAAGCAUAAGUAUUCAAAUAAAUUUGAAUUCAUAGAGCAAACAUGAAUUAAAAUAAAAGGCUUAAUAAUCAUCUUAGUUACAAUAACCAUAAGCUUCAGCCUCAAAUCAAUAAUUUACAAAUUCUUAAAAAAUAGGAAAACCUCAAUUAGAAACUAAUUAAAUUUAAUAACAGAGACUUUUUUCUGCUUAAACUAAUGAGAUUGUUAAGAAUGCAUAGAUUUAAUAGAAUAAAUAGGAGAAUAUUUAAAAAUAAAAUAAAAUCACAAAUAAUUAUAUUGGAAAAUAAGAAGAUUAAGAAAAAAUUUCUGUAUAUUAAGAUUUUAGUUUAUAGGAUUAAUCAAAAGAAUUGGUUGAUUAAAUGAAGAAAGAAAAGGAAUAAAAUUAAAAGUUGAAGAAAGAGUUGGAUUAAACAAAAGAUUAACUAAAAAAUAUAAAUAAAGAAGUUGAACAAAAAUUGUAUUAAUUGAAUUAUAAAUAAAUAGAUUAUAAAAUCAAAAAGAUUUAGAAAAAAAGAUAAAUGAUUUAAAAAAUGAAUAUGUCGAAGAUAAAAAGAAAACUGAAUAAAUGACAGAAGAUGUAUAUUCUAAACUUAUUUGCACAAGGUUAAAAAAUUGAAAGAAUAAUUAAAAAGUACUGAUUAGUAGACGACGAAGAAAUUAGAUUAAUAAAAGAAACAAUAUGAAUAAUAGUUGAAAUAAUUAGAAUAGGUAGCAAAAGAAAAAUAGGAUUAAAUAGAAGAGAUAGCAUAAGAAUUCUAAAAUUAUAAUUUUGAGGAGAUUUAAGCAAAAAUGGAAGAAAUGGCAAAUGAUAAUAAUUAGAAAGAUUAAAUAAUAGAAGAGUUAGAGAAUUAAUUAUAAGAGAAUGAAAAAGGACAAAAAUAAAAGGAUGGUUAAGGAGUAGAGAAUGAAGAAUUAUAGAGUUAAUUAGAAUAAAAAGAUUAAGAAAUAUAGAAAUUAGAAGAGUUAAUAGAGAAUUUUAAAUAAUUAUAUUAACAUAUGUUAGAUGAGAAAUAAGUAUUGGUAGAUGAAAAUGAAAAAUUGGUGAGUGAAAAUAAUCAAUUUAGAGAAUUAUUUAGUGUAUAUAAUAAAAUAGUUAUUUAGUAAAAUUUGCAUUUAUUUGGAAUAGAUCCAAAUGAUUUAGAAGCUGAGAAUGAAGAUGAAACUGGAGCAGAAGUUGAAGCAGAGGAUUAUCGUUAACAUGAUGAUGAUGAAAAUUGAG